AUGAAUUACGGGUAUGAUAAUCAGUACCCCUCAGGCUCAUACGGGCAGGGCGGCGGGGAAGGGGGCUACAUGAAUGAAGCUGGGAGCAGUCAGGGAGGAAAGAAAUAUGCCAAGGAGUCCCUCAGAGCUGUAACCAUUAAACAAAUAAACGAAGCAACACAAGCAUACCCGGAGGCGGAUUUUAAAAUUGACGACACGGAAAUCACUCAGAUAUCGUUUGUUGGACAAGUACGCAACAUCUCGCAGUUGACCACCUUCGUCACGUACAAAAUAGACGAUGGAACGGGGGACAUUGAGGUGAAAAGAUGGUUAGACAAUGCAGAUCGUAACGACGGCAUGGAGGAUCCCAUGGAUACAUCGGAAGCUGCGACGCGUCGUUCCAGCAAGAAGGAGAUUGUGGUCAAUGGGUAUGCCAAAGUAUGGGGGAAGCUGGGAGUCUAUAACAACCGCCGUUCGGUCACAGCACACGUAAUCCGGCCGCUCACGAACAUGGAUGAAUACCACUGCCAUUUCCUCGAGGCUACAGCCAUGCACCUUUACUUUACGCGCGGGCCUCCACCAAGCAAAGAUGGAGCAGCAGCGACAAAGGAUCAGGGGGGGAUGGGAGCAGGAAACACUGCCGGGAACAUGGCUAUCACCGGCAAACCCCUUCCGCAUAUGUCCCCCAUUGCGAGGAAAUUAUACGAUACGUUGAGUAAUACCAUGCAAAGCCGAGAGGGAUUGCAUGCACAACAUCUGGCUGGUCUUAUGCACAUGCCUCUGAGUGACGUGUAUAAAGCCAGUGAAGAGCUGCAGAGUCACAGCUUGAUAUUCCCAACUGUGGACGAUAACACUUGGGCUAUUUUGGAAAUCUGA